UCCGUCUUGUGGCGUCGUUGUUGUCGCACGUCGUCUGCACCGCGCGACGGACGCACCGCGAAGCAUCCCAACGGCAACCUGGAGCAGAGCCUGGAGCAGAGCCUGGAGCAGAGCCUGGAGCAGAGCCUGGAGCGGAGCCCUGCGAACCCUCGUAGCGUACGUCUAUAGACGCCGCGUGUUUUCCUUUCUGCAUCCACCAUGGCCGCCGGUCCCAUCCUGAGUGUGAGCCAGGCGUUCGACGGCAAGGUGCUACUCCUGACGGGGGGCUCCGGCUUCGUGGGCAAGGGCCUCUUGGAGAAGCUGCUGAGGACAUGCCCGGGGAUCCGGAAGGUGUACGUGCUCCUGCGGGCGGGCAAAGCGGGUACCCUGCCCGAGGAGCGCCUGCGAGCGAUGCUGAAGGAACCGCUAUUCGACGGCCUGCGAGCCGCCGGCUACGGUGACCGCCUGGAGCGGGUGUCUGCCGUGGCUGGGGACUGCGCGAGCACGGGACUCGGGCUGGCCGACGAAGACCGCGCGAGACUCCAGGACGACGUGCAGGUGUUCAUCCAUACGGCCGCGUCCGUGCGCUUUGACGACCCGCUCAAGAGGGCCGUGCUGCUCAACACCAGGGGUGCCAGGGAGGCGGCCGCCCUGGCAAGCGGCAUGCGGCGCCUCGAGGUCAUGGUGCACGUGUCUACCACGUACUGCAACACGCACGCCAACGUGAUCGAGGAGCGGGUGUACCCGAUGCCCGCGGAGACGCGUGAAGACUGGCGCGAGAUCAUCAGCCUGGCGGAGACCCUCGACGAGGAGGCGCUCGAGUCCCGGGUGGCGCGCGGCUACCAGCCCAACACGUACACAUUCAGCAAGGCGCUCGCCGAGCAGAUCAUGAAGGACCACAGCGACCGCUUCAACAUCGCCGUCUUCCGCCCCGCCAUAGUGGUCGGUGCCAUCAAGGAGCCCAUGCCCGGCUGGACCAACAACCUCAACGGGCCGUUCGCGCUCUGCAUCGGCAUCACCAAGGGCCUGGUGCACACCGCCCUGGCCGACAAGGACGCCGUCAUCGACAUGGUGCCGCUCGAGAUGGUCGUCAACGGCAUCAUCCUGGCGGCCCGCGAAGGGAUAGUCAGGUCGGCGGCGGGCGAGGCGCCGGGCCUCCGGGUGUACAACUGCAGCGCGGCGCACCGGAAGACGCUGAGCGUGUGCGACUCGAUUGAGUGCGCGCUCAAGUCCAACGCGCGGGCGCCGCACGACCGCGUGCUCUGGCACCCCUUCGUCGUGGCCACCAGCAGCGUGGCCGUGUUCACCCUGCUGUCGUUCCUGCUGCACUUCCUGCCCGCCGUGCUCGUCGACGCAAUGCUAAUCCUGGCCAGCCGCCGGCCCUGGCUGGUGCGCACCUACUGGAAGAUAUACCGCGCCACGGUCUCCCUCCGCUACUUCUCCCUCACGCACUGGGUGUUCGAGAACGACAAGUUCUACGCGCUGCUGGGGUCGCUCGGCGCCGAGGACGCCUCUACCUUCAAGCUGGACAUGUCGGACGUGGACGAGAUGGAGUACGUGCACACGCACCUCCAGUACCUGCGUCGCCACAUCCUCAAGGAGAACAUGGACCCCAAGGCGGCCAGGCGCAACCAGACAGCGAUGUUCGUGCUGGACCGUUGUACCAGGGUCGUAUUACUAUACUUCGCAGUGACAUGGGCAUACCGGUUGUUUUGCGCUCUCUUCUUAAGAAGUAAUAUACUUUAAGAAAUAAAGUCCAUUUUGAACUGAUACCUCUCCAAAGCGAACCCUGGAGAAGAGAGGCUGAGUGAGCAUCAGUUGUCAGUGUCCAGUUUGCAAGUUGGAGGAUGUAAUCGGUGUUUUAAUUUUGACUUGAGAUCAAAAACAUUUUUGAUAUUUAGGCGUGAACAUGCGACAUGUGCAGUGGGUAGCUUCACUUAUUUAUCCUGGUUGCUCUGAUCUGUGUUCGCCAAUAACAGUAAGUAGUAGGAAUUAAUCAAAUAAAAAGAGAAACUUCUA